UCGCCUCAGACUCGUAGUUCGCCUUCGACAUGCCGGAGCCAGCAAAGUCUGCUCCCGCGCCCAAGAAGGGCUCAAAGAAAGCUGUGACUAAGGCGCAGAAGAAGGACGGCAAGAAGCGCAAGCGCAGCCGCAAGAAGAGCUACUCCGUAUACGUGUACAAGGUGCUGAAGCAGGUCCACCCCGACACUGGCAUCUCCCCUAAGGCCAUGGGAAUCACGAACUCCGUCAACGACAUCUUCCAGCGCAUCGCGGGUGAGGCUUCCCGCCUGGCGCAUUACAACAAGCGCUCGACCAUCACCUCCAGGGAGAUCCAGACGGCCGUGCGCCUGCUGCUGCCCGGGGAGUUGGCCAAACACACUGUGUCCGAGGGCACCAAGGCCGUCACCAAGUACACCAGCGCUAAGUAAACUUGCCAAG